AUGGUGGCGCCUUCUCCACAUCGAACGGCGAUUAUUGACUGCCUCAAAAAAGGGAUGAGCAACUCGGAAAUCAUCAAAUCUCUGAAAAUCGAUCGCACUUUGGUCUACCGUACGGCCAAACGUUUCGAGCGGCUCGGCACUUCUGAUGACGUCAGAAGAAGCGGCCGUCCGGUCUCUGUCACGACGUCGAAAACGGUCAAGGAAGUUCGGAAGAUGAUCGAGAAGAAGCCGGAAGGAAGCAUGAGGAAAAUGGCGAAGGACCUCGAAAUAAGUGAGGCUUCGAUAAGGAGGAUCAUCAAGAACAAGCUCAAGACCUCAACUCCAAACAGCUCCAAGAAAAAUGGGAAGAAAUCAACGACUUCUGA